UCCUCGGCCAAAGGCUAAAGAAUGAAAUCUUUUGCGCCAACGAUCUUUCAACAUCUCGAAAGUCCGUGUUACUUUUUCACUCCUCGGAUUUUUCUUGGGAUGGUUCUUCUGGGCUUUUAGCCUUCCUGGCUUUGCUUUCUUUGAUUCUUUCACGGCGCCCGCUGCUGCUACUCCACUUUCAGCUUUAUUCAUCCGGAUCUUCCAAUGGAUCCUCCGUCACCCAUGGAAGGCCACGUGGUGGUCAUGCCCUACCCAGGCCGAGGCCACAUCAACCCCUUGAUGCAUCUCUGCAACAUCCUCUUGUCCAAGAACAGCCACAUCCUCUUCACCUUCGUCGUCACCGAAGAAUGGCACGGCUUCAUUGGAUCCGACCCGAUGCCCCGCAACAUCCGGCUCAGGACCAUACCCAAUGUCAUCCCCUCCGAGCGCGGUCGUGGAAACGACAUGGUCGCCUUCCUUGACGCUGUCAUGACCAAGAUGGAGGCUCCGUUUGAACACCUACUGGAUCGGCUCCACCCACCGCCGACGUGCAUCGUACACGACAGCUACUUGUUCUGGGUGGUCGGCGUCGGCAUCCGCAGGAAUAUUCCAGUAGCGUCUUUUUUCCCCAUGUCGGCGUCGUUCUUCUCCGUCAUCUGCCAUUAUCGUCUUUUCGAGCAAAACGGACACUACCCUGUCAAUUUGUCGGAAAAUGGCGAUGAACGUGUGGAUUACAUUCCAGGGCUUUCCUCAACACGUUUGGCGGAUUUUCCACUCAAUGAUGGCAGUUGGCAAAGCCGGAAAAUGUUGCACUGGGUUCAUAAAGUCGCUCAAUGGGCGCUCAAAGCUCAGUAUCUGCUGUUCCCUUCUAUUCUCGAGCUUGAAUCUCAGGUCAUCCAUGCCCUAAAAGCAGUUUCUUCGAUCCCAAUUUACACCAUUGGCCCCGUUAUACCUUAUCUCCCUCUUAAACACAAUCCCUCUUCAAGCAUCGCCAACCAUGAUAGUGACCACAGCUACAUCAAGUGGCUGGACAGCCAACCCUCUGGUUCUGUCCUGUACAUCUCUCAGGGCAGCUUUCUCUCUGCCUCAACGGCUCAGCUUGAAGAAAUCGUUGCUGGUUUGCGAGCUAGUGGGGUUCGAUUCCUGUGGAUAGCGCGAGAAGAGAGUUUGAAGUUGAAUGAGACUUGUGGGGAUCUGGGUUUGGUAUUGCCAUGGUGCGACCAAUUGAGAGUACUGUCGCAUCCUGCGAUAGGAGGGUUCUGGAGUCAUUGUGGGUGGAAUUCUACAAGAGAAGGUGCCUUCGUCGGUGUUCCUUUUCUUGCUUUCCCUUUGAUUAUGGAUCAGCCUCUGAACAGUAAGCUGAUUGUGGAGGACUGGAAGAUUGGAUGGAAAGUGAAGAAGGGGGUUAAAGAAGACGUCUUGGUGACUAGAGACGAAGUUGCAGAGCUUUUGAAGAAGGUCAUGGAUUUAGGCAGUGAAGAAGGAAGAGAAUUGAGGAAAAGAGCCAAACAGAUUCAGCAGAUAUGUCAGCUUGCAAUUGCAGAUGGUGGCUCCUCUGAAACUAAUAUCAAUAUGUUUCUAAGGGAUUUGUUGCGAAGUGGUAAGCCAUGAAGGCGAACCCGAAUAACAAUGGUAAUUCCUUUGGAUAAUUUGGUGAAAUGGUUCGAAGGUUUGUACUAUCAAUCAGUUAGUGAUCCCAUGGCCAGUUUUGAAGCUCUGAUCUUCCAAGCUCACGUCCUUAACUUGAGGAGUGGGGAAUUAAUUGUGUUCCGCUUCACAUGCGCUGAAUAAGCUUUUGUACUGCUUAAAGUUUAUUUUAUGCCUUCUUUUUAUAGUUUAUUUUAUGCCUCCUUUUAAUGUGUACCAAUUUAAUUUACAGCCAUAUAAAAGCGAUAGAUUGUGUUCGCCUGCGA